AACGUACACCCAGUCAGACAGCCAGCCGGCGGCGGAGACACACGGACCGGACCGGAGGACAGGUCACCCUGCAGAGAUGUCAUCACUCUUCCUCCUCCUCCUCCUCCUCCUCCUCCUCUUCCUCACCCCUGCCUCCAUGUUGGAGUUUCGGUACCACAGUAACCGUGAGAUGGAGGAGUACCUGCUGCAGGUCAACGCCUCCAACCCCGAAAUCACUCACCUGUACAGCAUCGGCCAAUCCGUCUUAGGUCGGGAGUUGUGGGUUUUAGCUCUCAGCGUUCGUCCUCAUAGCCACACAGUUGGCAUCCCGGAGUUCAAAUAUGUGGCCAACAUGCAUGGAAACGAGGUUCUUGGUCGGGAGCUGAUGCUGCAGCUGGUCGAUGAUUUGGUUCGUGGUUACAGAAACAAUGAAAGUUGGUCGAUGCAGCUCCUGAACAGCAGCAGAAUCCACAUCCUGCCAACGAUGAACCCUGAUGGCUUCGACGUGGCCGACACACACUGUCAGUUCAGCCAGGGAAGGGGGAACCACAACAACGUCGAUCUGAACAGGAACUUCCCCGACGCUUUCGUUGGUUUACGAAAGCAGCAGCAGCUCAACGAGGACAAGAGGGAGGCUGAGGUCAGAGCUGUGAUGAGCUGGUUGAAGACCGAGAGCUUUGUUCUGUCUGCAAACCUCCAUGGAGGAGCUCUGGUGGCCAAUUAUCCUUACGACAACAGCAACGGAGGCAGCGAGCUGAUGGGUGGAGCCAGCAUCACCCCGGACAACGACGUCUUCGUCCACCUGGCCAAGGUGUACUCCCACAACCACGCCUCCAUGUACCAAGGCAACAUCUGCCAGGACACCAGGCCCUUCCUGGACGGCAUCACCAACGGAUACCAGUGGUACCCUCUGCCAGGUGGGAUGCAGGACUACAACUACAUCUGGGCUCAGUGUCUUGAACUGACUCUGGAGGUUUCCUGCUGCAAGUUUCCUCCAGCUGAUCAACUUCCUGUUCUGUGGACUGACAACAGGAAGUCACUGCUGGCCUUCAUGAAGCAGGUUCACCUCGGGGUUAAAGGUCAGGUGUUCGAUGGUUCUGGAGUUCCAGUCCAGAACGCCGUGGUGGAGGUCAAAGGUCGCAGGAACUUGUGUCCAUUCAGAACCGACCGACAUGGAGAAUAUUAUCGACUGCUGCUGCCAGGAAACUACAGCUUCACAGUGACAUAUCCAGGUCACGAGGUUCUGACAGUGACUCUUAACGUCCCAUACGGUCCCGAUCAAUUCUCCGCCAUGAAACACGACUUCCUGUUGCGACGGAUUGCCACGACAACGGACAAAACCCCAACGAACGCCACGCCAACCUGUAACCACACCUUGCAGCAGGUGGGCGGAGCCACCAUUGGGCCUACAUGGAGCGGGUCGGCGGUCGGGCUGAGUCUUGUGGCGAUGUUAAGAACCCUGAUCGACUGACCCGGUUGUUAACAGGAGAUCGCAGGUUCGAUUCCAGGAUCAAGACUUAACAAAAACAUGACAUCUGCCAGAAGUUCCUGAAGGGACAGGUGGACUUUAUGGCUGCCAAAAGACCUAACUAAUGGCUGAAGGGAUGAACCGAAGCGGAGCAGGAAGUGCUGGUCACAGGUUCAUUGGAAGUUUCUCAAAAGUACAAAAACAUGGAAGUUCCCGAUUGCUAGCAGCGCUAAUGGCCAUUUUGACUCGUCGCAGUAGGAAAAGCUGAGCGUAGAUUUUUGAAGACAUACUAUACUGAGAUGUUUUAAGACAUUUUCGAAGAAAGAUUAUACCGAUGCGUUUCUCACAACAUUUUGGAGAUAUACUAGGACAUUAUUUAUGACAUUUUGAAAGACAUUAGAACGUUAUGACAUUUUUGAAGAUAUACUUGGAAAUUUUUUUACAUUUUUGAAGACAUGUUCCAAUGUUUUAGGACAUUUUUAAAGACAUAUUUGGACUUUUUUGUGACAUUUUGAAAGACGUAUUAGAAUAUUUUGAGAUUUUUGAAGAUAUACCAGGACAUUUUUUACAACAUUUUGAAAGAUAUAUUAGAACUUUUAAUAACAUUUUUAAAGAUAUACUUGGAGGGUUUUUGCGAAAUUUCAAAAGAAAUAGUAGAAUGUUUUAGGACAUUUUUGAGAAUAUACCAGAACACUUUUACGACAUUUUUAAAAACAUAUCAGAACGUUUUAUGAUGUUUUUGAAGAUAUACUUGGAUGUUUUUUACACUAUUCUUAAAGACAUUCUACACAAUGACGGUCUGUACAACACUUUUGAAGACAUCGUAUACAGUGACAUUUUUAUGAGAUUUUUAAGAAUAUACUAUACUGUAUUUAUUAUUGCAAACUAUACCGGACAUUUUUGAAGAUAUGCUGUGCUUUUUUUUUUUUACAACAUUGCUGAACAUUUUUUAGCCUUUUCGGUAUUCCGGUAUUCUUCAUGUUUCCACAUUAGCCAAGUGUCCGUCCUUAUAAAACGCUUACUUUAUGGAAUUUCAAGAAAUGUAGUAACAACUGGCAAAUUUACAUCCACUACCAAUAGCAGGAGGGGCUAAUUUUCCAACUGGCUCCCAUUAAAGUAUUGCAAAAGACGAGGACGCAACAAGACUGACAUUAAAAAAAAAAAGAGCUCAAGUGGUAAAAAUGUAAAAUUCAUCAUCAGAAUCUGCGAUUCAAGAUGUUUUGAUCAAUUUUUCCUCAUCAGAUUUGGUGAAUAUUUAAAUCACAUGCUUACAUCUGCUUUGAUUUUAUUGCUGCGGCAACUUUUCAACUCCAAUCAAGUUCAAAAAAUCUAAAUUUUCACCCACCGAUGGUCACAUAAAUAUGUGGAACAGGUCCUGAUGUUGGUAGUAUAGUCUUCUCAUGGUUAUCAGAACAGUCCCAGAACUUUUCGAUAGCACCUUGCGUACGCUUUGGUGCAACAAGAGCUUACCAUUUUUUUGUAUUUUCUGCUUCUUUUCUGCCUCAAAAAUCAAUAGUGCCAAAUUUGUUUGUUUUUGUCAAUCCAUGUGCCAUUAUUUUGACACAAAAAGUUGCACAGAUAAACUUACUUUGCCACUUGGAAGUAUUUGAACUGAGAAGAAUCUAAAGUAUGUGGCUGGAAAAUACUGCCGGUGUGACUGGACCAUCAAGUAUUUCUGGAGAAAUUUAAAUGAAAAACCUCCUAAGAAGUAAAAUAUCAAGAAAAACACAAGAAAAUACAACAAAAUUUGGGAUUUAAGGGAAAAUAACAUGAGACACCACAGGGGAGUUUCAACACGAAGUUGAAAAAAUAAUAGAAGCUCGAAGCUCAACACUCUCAGAGCAGCAAACAGGUUUUAAAUCUGGAUUUGGCUUUUUCAAAAGACAGUUUGUUGUAUUUAAAGGGGUCACAGGAGGGAAAAGGCCCCAGGAUUUCGUCUGUGGAUUAAAAACGUCUUCCCUGCUGAGAUGUUCCAGCUUGUGAGGCGACGAUAAGAUUUAGAGUGAGGUUCUAACUGUAGUUUCAUGUGUGAGGAGGAGCACUUUAAAAUUAGCACCAGCAGGGCAGAAUGCUGUUUUUAGAAAGGGGAAUAUUUAGAGCACAGAAAAGGGCAUCAGAGGAGUCGAGGGUGGAAAUUACAGCGACAUGAGCUGUGAAAUGAAGCUUUUCUGGGGCAACACACAUGAAUACAUCUGAUUUCUGAUGCUGGAGGAUCAAAGUCAUCAGAAAUGUUCAUGCAGGGGUUUGUUCUUUAUUCAACCUGUUCAUAUUUUAGUCUGGUGGCUCCAAAUCUGAGGCUUAUAAUUAAAAUUGAGGAGUCACAAGAUGAUUAUUCUUAUGGUUUUUGUUCAUUUUAUUGUGAAAUAUUACACGUUUUUUCAUCUUUAGGCCUCAGUUGUACAUAAAACUUGCAGAAACUUUGUUUUUUGCACCAAAGUUUGUUUUCCUGCUUAAAAAAAGCACAUUUUUUCGACUCAUACUGCACUCUGGUUGUUUGCUUAAUAUUGGCUUCACAAUUACAUGAAAAUGUUCAAAAUAUCACAAACGAUGAAAAUGAAAUGCAAACUCUACAAACCACAACAAAGCUUGCAGUGUAACAAAGUUCUCUGUAGGUAAAAUAUGGUGCUAUGAGAUGGUGAAGUUACCUUAAAGGCUUUGUAUGUGAAGAGAAGGAUUUUAAAAUCUAUUUUUGGUUUUACAGGCAGCCUAUAGUGGUGAGAUGACAUGCAGUCAGACAAUUUUAGUAUUUUUGGCUCAUUUUACUGUGAAAUACUGCACAGUUUUUGAUCUUUAGGCCUCAAUUGUACAUAAAACUUGCAGACAUUUUGUUUUUUUGCACCAAAGUUUGUGGUUUUCUGCUGCAAAAAUUAAUACUUUUCACAUUCAUUCAGUGCUCAGGUUGUGUAUGCCUAAUAUUGGCUUCACAUUUGUAUGCAAAUGUUUGAAAUAUCGCAAAGAAUGACUAUAAUCCAAAUUUGGCCUGAUAUGGAAACUCUACAACCACAAGAAAGCUUGCAAUUUGACGCUAAAGUUCUCUGGAGGUAAAAUAUGGAGCCAUGAUGUGUUUAAAAGUCGGUAAAGCUAGGUCAUUAAAGGUUAUGUGUGUGAGGAAAAGGAUUUUAAAAUCUAGUCUUGAUUUUACAGGCAGCCUAUAGUUCUGAGAAGACAUACAGUCAGAUAUUUUUAGCAUUUUGCUCAUUUUCAUUGUGAAAUAUUGCACAGUUUCCGAUCUUUAGGCUUCAGUCGUACAUCAAACUUGCAGCAAACUUUGUUUCUUAGAUUCAUAUUGCACUCAGGUUGUGCAUGCAUAUAACUGAAUAUGCAAAUUGUAUGAUAACUUUUGAAAUACUGCGUUGGCCUCCCAUCUAUUUUUGAAAUGGUACAAACCAAAAGAAAGCUUGUGCUCUGUUGGGAAAAUCCGGUGCUAUGAGGUGUUUAAAUUCACAUUAAACUUUGUCAGGAAAAGGAAUUAAAAGUCUCUACUUGAUUUUACAGGAAUCCAGUAGCUGUAUUUCCAUGUAAUUGUCAAGCAAAGUUAAAAUUUAUUUGAAAUGUUGCACCAAAAAAAGAGGGAAAAUAAAAUUAAGCUAAUUUCUAAGCUGCAGAGUGUGACCAGAAGGUGGCGCUAUAGGCUAAGAGCUAAAAAAAAAAAAAGGAAGAAAAUCCAACAAAGCGCUGCGGAUUUCUGAGAAAAUCAACUUAAUGAAUCACUUCAAUCUGAAAAAUUUUAAGAUUCUUUUUAGUCAGCUGGUGUCGGCCAUUUGUGUCGUUUUCCAGACACAAAGAUAAUGAAAUAAACAGCUGAUCAUUGGCUCUAGAUAUUGACAUUUUUAAGUCUCCAAACUCUGAGGUUUUUUGCACUAAUCUGCACUCUACUAAGAUGUUUCACCAUGCUGAAUGUAUCUCCAACAACCUGCUCCUCUGUUCACUGUUUCUGAGCCAUGCUACACUAAUUUUAUUUUCCUCUCACCUGAAAACUCUCAGAAUUUUUCCCAUGUGACUGUGACUUGCAGCCGAGUUAGUUAAAACUUCCCAGUUGUGUUGAGAAGCUCAGAAUUUUUAGUUUUAUUACAGAGUUUUGUUACCAUAAACGAUUUUUUGGUUUACCACAUUUUAACAUCUUGCCACACAGCUCGGACGUCCUUCACUCACCUCCAGGACAGAAACUCAACGGCCUUCUGCAGAUUUUCCAGCUUUAUUUUUUGCCAAAUGUCGGGUUUUUCUACUUUUGUACAGUUUUAUAUCGAAUGUCGCUCCAUUUAAAUCCUCUGUGCCAUGAUUUAAGUGACUGCAGGCUUCAGUCACACCUCAAACAUCAGACCUCAUUUUGGUUUUUGCAUUUUUUUUUCUGUUUCAUUACAGUGUAAAACAACAAAAAUGCUGUGAACUGACAUUUAUUCAUACGCCUGGUUCUCGAAGGAAAUCACAAUAAAAAGACAAAUAAAGGAGAAACUCUAAUGUGAUAA